AUGUCCGCAACAUCCAAGCCCUACGGCUGGCAAGCCGUGCCGCGCAACCCUGCCACAAUCCUGCAAGGGAAACCCAAGCUCGCGGACCCAAAGCCGUACUCCCCCGCCGAGCUGCCCUACCCGGACACGCCGCUCGUGCAGCAAGCGCUCGCACGCGUGUCGGGCGAGCUGCGCCCAGAGACGCUGAACCACAGCUUUCGGGUCUACUACUACGGCAUGGCGAUCGUGAGCGCGCAGUUCCCGCACUGGCUCGCCGACGGCUGGCUCGACGCCGAGACGUGGCUGCUCACGUGCCUGUUCCACGACAUCGGCACCACGCACGCCAACCUGCGGCGCACGCACAUGAGCUUCGACUUCUGGGGCGGCGUUGAGGCGCUACACGCCCUGAAGGGCUUUGGCGCCAAUGUCAGCCAGGCGGAGAGCGUUGCUGAGGCUGUCAUAAGGCACCAGGACCCGGGCGAGACGGGCAUGAUUAGCUGUGUCGGGCUGCUGGUGCAGUUGGCGACCAUGUUUGAUAAUAUGGGCGACUUUAAGGAGCUGGUUCAUCCCGAUACCAUCAAGAAUGUUGUCGAGAAGUAUCCGAGGAAUGGCUGGAGUGGCUGCUUUGGCAAGACUAUAAGGGAGGAGAUUGCUUUGAAGCCUUGGGCUCAUUCGACCGCUAUUGAUAAUUUUGCGGAGAUGGUGGAGGGGAAUGAGUUGAUGAAGCCGUAUGAGUAA